AUGUCAGUGAGCAAAAAGUCUGAUGAAGAAGAGUAUCAGUUUUUAAGAUUUUUGAAGACAGGUAUAAAGAAUUCUGAAGUCAUAGUCUUGUCAAUUCUUUCUCUAUUAGGCUUUGUACUAGGACAACUGGCCUACAGGUUUGUUAAGAUUCACAAGCUCAUAUAUCCUCUUCUAACCACACCAAGUUUUGCACUUUAUUGUUAUUUUUUACCUAUAAUUAUAUUUUUGGCUGCUUUGGACAUGGAUUUUUAUAUAUUUAAGGAUGUGUUUUGGCAGGUCUUAUUAACUGGAUCAAUUAGCUUUUCUGUGACUGUCGCCACAAUUGGAUAUAUAGCUAUGCAAUUCAAUGAAGACUUGUGGGAUUUACAAUCUUCCAUACUUUUUAGCAUCAUCCUCAGCGUUAUAGAUCCUCUUUACUCUGUGAAUUCACUGAAAACUAUUGAUAUUUCCAAAGUGUAUAUCGAUAUCAUUAGAGGAGAAUCUUUGAUCACAUGUAGCAUCACAUCCAUUGUUUUUGGAAUUUUACGUGAGGACAUACCUGACAUUCAAAUGUUUAAGGACCUCAGUACAACCAUAUAUCUUUUCUUGAAUGUUUUCGGAAGCAUGACAUGUGGAUAUAUGUGUGCAAAAAUCAUUCAGUUGACACUGAUAGACCUUCUAAGCAAUACGCUGACUAAUGUCAUUCUCUGCUUUUCAUUGUUGUACAUGACCUUCUACCUUGCGGAAUGUUUUGGAAUGUCAGGCAUUAUUGCUUUAGUCACUGUAGGACUGAAUUUAGAUAAAUUGAGUUUUAAACCGAGGAUCGAGUUUGUAAUUACUAAGUUCUUACUGAUAUUUUCAUCUAUAUUUCAUCAGUUAAUAUACACCUUUUUUGGCAUUGUGGUUGGAUGUGGAGAGAUCGAGCACUUCUCAUUUCACAGCAUAGCUUUCAUUUUAGUUUUAUUUGUCAGUCUGAGUGCUGUAAGGUUGCUUACUGUUAUAUUAGUUAGCCCUAUUUUCAUGCAUUUGAAUUAUGACUACAACUGGAGAUGGGGAAUCAUUAUCACAUGGUCUGGAAUUAAAGGCGUUUUUAGUUUACUCUUGACUCCUGAGAUUUUUAAUCUGGCUGAAACAAAAAUAAGAGCACCACACAUGUGUAUACUCUAUGUACAAGUGAUAGCAUUAUUGACUAUGGGAAUAAAUUCAUACAUGAUGAGUCAGUCCGCCAAAGCAUUAGGUUUGUGUUCUAUUUCUCUCCCGAGACAAAUAGCCAUGAAAAAUGUCAUUCAGCACAUACAGGAGAUAAUAAAGAACACGAUAACUUUGUUUAAAACAGAGAAUAUUUUGACAAAUGUGAAUUGGACACUAGUGGAAAGAAAAGCCAGGAUUGAACACAUUUCUUUUUCCCAUGUUUCACAUAAUCAAAAAGAGGCGUCUCUAACAGAUGAAGAUUUAAUAGAAGAAGCCAGAUUGCAUAUAUCUGUGAUACAAAUGAGUAGUUUUGAAAAACAGUGUAAUGAAGGAAUCCUCACUGUAGAGGCAGCCCGGAUAUUAAUUGGUGCAACCAAAAGCUAUUGCCCCAUCCAAGGAAAAUUCAUGACUAUUGAUGAUGUUUCAACUUAUGUAAGAGCUAGAAGUUGGCUUAUGAAAUUUAGAAGCAUCUUAACUUUCUUGGAAUAUCGUAAAAAAAAAACGUAUUAUAGUCCACUGGGGAAUAAUAAAGUUUUGCUUAUUAUAUAUCACAUUGUCUUUUCAGAAGAAUUUGAAUAUACUGAACAUAUUAUGACAUUAAUAUAUAUUUAUCCUAUGAUAGUGCAUCUAUGGCCAAUGGCAAGAGAGUUAAAUGUGUCAGCACUCCUAACAAUAAACUACUAUUUUAUGCUUUUCCAUGUAAUACGGGCAGUAUUAAAGAUGAUAAUCAUGAAAAGGACAUACUUUCAACAGUGUUGGAAUAUCUUGGAGUUUUUUAUCAUGAUUAUAGGACUUGUUGAUAUCUUUUGUAUAUACUCUGUCAAAUUGAGACCAGAAAACAUAACUCUUAUUCAGAUCACAGUAUUAAUAGGAUAUUUCAGAGUUAUUAGAUUUCUUCCUAUCAUCAAGGUAAUAAUACCGUUCUUGCUAAAUAUUGUAGAUGUGCUCAUUAAAAAACGCCUUAGCCUAAUGUAUAGUAUUACAAAAGGCUAUGUCAAAAGUCAAGAGGAUACCAAACUAUUAAUUAAACAAAUUUCUAGCCGAGAAUCAAUAUAUAAGAAAUUAUAUGUUAUCUUGGAAACCAACAAGCGAAAUGCUGUAAAAGAACUGGGACUCAUAGAGCAUGAGGGGCGUGAUGUUGUCAUUGCUUUGAAGUCUAAGCAGGCAAUCCAGAAUGUGAUUUGUAAAGCUCAGGAAAACCUCAUCUUCCUUUGGUCAAGAGGUAUUAUUGAUAAACAGGAAGGUAUCGAGAUGAAUACGGUACUUCUUAAAAAAAUAAAAGCACUGAAUAAUUUUCCAAUGGCAAUUCCGCCCCCUACUCCUGAUAAAUAUCUUAAUAAUAUCAUUUGGCUGGAAAAUAAAGAGAUUCUCAUUGAGUUUUUCAAGGAUAAAGCCAAACUUGCAUAUUUUGAUUAUGGAGAUGUCAUAUGUAAAGAAGGGGAAAUGCCACAAGGAAUAUACUUAAUUAUUUCAGGAAUGGCAAUUUUGCAUGGUUCACCUCCUUCCUUUGGAAUUGACAAAAGUCUAAAGCCUGACAGAGAAUCCACAACAGUGUUUACAGAGUUCUACACUAGUGGGGACAUCAUUGGAGAGUUGAACUGUCUGCUUAAGCAUGAAAAUGAAUAUACUGCCAUCUGUGAAACUAUUUUACAGGCCUGCUUCAUCUCCCUGGAGGAUUUGUAUGAAGGCUUUGAUGUCUUCUGGCCAUCCCUGGAAUAUAAUAUAUGGUUAAAGCUUGCUCUCCAUAUUGCUUCUCAGUAUUUUGAAUCAAGUCUCAUUGAUGAGGACUUAACAUUUCAGAAGUGUGUGGAGUACAACCAUGCCUAUGUGGAGACUUUAUCAAGCUAUAAUGAAAUGAUUAUUGAUAAUGUGACCAUGAAAUUUGUUAUUGUUGUAUAUGGCAGUGUGAUUGAUAUGAAGACAGAGAAAUCCUAUUUUGCACCUUCCAUUAUAUCUAAAACUUGUGAGCAGAUUCAGGGAACUUCUGUUUUAAGCAAGUUGUUGGUUAUCCUAGCAUCUGAUCCUAUCAAUGACAUUACUAACAUCUGCCUGGACACAGAGAUUUCCAGAUGCCUAAAUGCCGAAGGCCCCUUCAUCUCCGAUGCCCGUCCCAUCACAUACUGA